UCGCUAGGCGCCAAUUUUUUGUUUUGCUUGGUGUAUAAUUUUCAUUUUAAUGUAAUUUAUUAUAAAAUUAUACUACUUGGAACAUGUAACUUGAAGAAAAGUGUACGGUUAGUUGGUACUGCACUGAAUUCAACUAUUGAACUAAUGACUAUCACAUCUAAAGCUGAAAUCACGCUGAAACAAAUGAAAUUGAGGCCUAGUAAGCUGUUUGACUGUGAGUUGGCGGGUUGAAACCUCAUUGACAUCUUUCAUGAUUCCUUCGGUCUCAAAGAGACGGAAAAGUGUGAGAAUUAUUAUGAGGUGUUAGUGAUAAGGUAUAAGGAUAGCUAUGUCCAAAGCUUUAGAACCUAGUGACAUUACAUUGUCUGGCAAUAAAUUGGGUUAUUCUCUCAAAAACAAACACAAACGUGUGUUAAAAUCAAGAGAAAAUAUAUUCAAGCCAAAAUGCAAUAGAGAGCUUAAAAGAAAAUUAAAAAAAUACAAAUUAAGAAGAGAUGGAACCGAGGAUCCUGAUAUUUUAGAUGUGUCAAAUAUAUUAGUUACAUCAUUAAGAAUAAAAUCACCUAACCAAGAAAAAAUUAAUUGCAACAAUAACAUAAUUGAUCAAGAAGAGCUAAAUCAAAGAAAUUAUCUUUUCAGAAUGGUCAGGAAGAAGAAAAUGAGUGCAGAUGUUGACACUGUGGUCAUUGGUGAAGAUAAAGUUAAAAUCCAAAAUGGAGAAAGAACAGUGCCCAUUUCUUUAGAUGAAGUAGGUGAUAAAAAGCAUAUGGAUGCAUUUAAGUUAAUGAUGGAUUCAAGAAAUAAAAGUAUUGGUAGUAAUUCACCAGGCAAAGAUAAAGUAGAUGAACCAGAAACAAAUGGAAUAACGGAGAGAAAAGAAAUUAAGGCUAAAAGAAUUUUAUCCCUUCAGAAAAUGGCUCUGUCUAAAGGGUCUGGAAAAAAUAAAGAAAUUGAAGAAUAUAGAGACAAGUCUAUUGAAAAGAAAAUGGUAAAAAGAGCAGAAAGAUUAAAACAAUUAAUCUCUAAAACAGAAUCUAAAGGUGCACUAAAAAUAAACAUUUCAUCACAUAAAGAAACACAAACUCUAAAAGACAACAGUGAUUUAAAUUCUAAAUUGAAAAAAAGUAAGUCACUUAAAUUAUGUGACAUUUUUAAUGAGACUACUGAAGUUUUUGAACAAAAUAAAAUAUCCAAAAGUAUUGCACAAGAUGACAUUGAAUUUUUGAAUAAAUUGGCUCCAUCUAUUAAGAAAAAAGAAAACAUGCUUAGCUAUUUUCAAAAAAUGCCCAAGGAUUCGGAACAACUUGAAGAUAAUGCCUCAGUGAAAAAAAAUAACAAGCCUGUUAUUAAAGUGAAACUUAAUUCGAAACAUAAAAAGAAAACCAAGAUUUUAAAAUCUACUGAAGAUGACAAUACAGCUACUGAUACUGUGGAAAACAUAAUGGUUUCAAAUGGAAACUCAAAUGAAACACAUACUAGUAAACACAAACGAUUUAAACGGAAACGAAAUUUGAAUCUUGAUGAAGCUUCUUCUCCUCCUUUAAACACAACUGAUCUAAAUUCAUCCAACAGUGAAGGCCGCCCUAAAAGGAAUGUUAAAAAGCCUUUAAAAUAUACAGAGGAUGUUCAAAUUUUUAGUUCUGAUGAGGAACUACAUAUUAUUACCCCAAAGAAAAAAAAGAGUAACAUAAAAUCUUGUGACUUUAAUGUUGUUAAUACAAUACUAAAAGCAGAAAAUGUUGAUGUUAAAAAGGAUAUCAUUGAUUUAGUAAGCAAUGAUCCUGUUGUAGAACUACCAAAAAUAAAUGAAAGUAGAAAGAAAUUAUCUUUAAAAAAGAAAAUAGCAAUAAAACCUAACAGUGAUAAAAAGGCAGUGAAGUUAGCACCAAUAUUUGUUCCAAAAAUGCAACUCUCUCCUGCGGAUAUUGAAGCUAAACAAAAGUUUUUGCAAAGUGGAGUUCCUGAAAAGUUAAAAAAGAAGGCACAAAAUUCAGCUAGUGUAAUAACUUUUGAAACAUUUCCUUCUGUAGUGCAUAUUCAACAAGGUACACAAGAUACAAACUUACAUCAAGAAAAGAAUUGGUUCAAUAUUUCAAUGGGCACUGAUGAAAUAAGUUUCACACAAAAUGACUGUUCAUUUAAAAACCUCUUAAUGUUAGAAAAGGCUUGUAAUUUUAAUGUACCUGUUGUAAGCAAGUAUAACCCUGAAAAAAUUCUGAAAAGUAUUAAAUGUGCUUAUCCAAAAUUUCCUGUUUACCGCACUUAUAAUUUGAUGUGUGGGAAGAAAAAAGGUGAUAUAAAAGAUUUUAGCUAUUCGGAAAUAGAUAACAGUAUUGAAAUAAUAAAUGGGCAAUGUGCUGAAAUUAACUAUGAAAAUCCUGAUCAAUUAAAUUGGUGUGAUAAAUAUAAACCAACUUCAUCAAAACAAAUCAUUGGUAAUUUUGAGAGUAUAAAAGAAUUGAAAAAGUGGCUAGAGACUUGGACUGAAAAUUUGUUUAAAGCAAAACAAAAUGCAAGUGAUAGUUCUGAUUUUUCAGAUUUCUAUCAUUCAGACACUGAUAGUAGAGAUGGAAAUAGAAGCACAAAUAAUGUAUUGAUAUUGACAGGGAAAACAGGAUCAGGUAAAACUAGCAGUGUAUAUGCAGUAGCUUCAGAAUUAGCUAUUAAGGUAAUAGAAGUCAACUCCAGUAGUAAAAGGACAGGUAAAAUAAUGUUGCAAGAUCUACACGAAGCUACACAAUCUCACAAAGUUGAUAGGGCAAAAAGUGGUUCGGAAAACUCUCAAAAACUCCAGGAAGACAUAUCGGUAAUUCCUAAAAAACGUGGUAGGCCCAAGACAAUACAGAAUGGAAAACCUAGCACAAAGUCCAAAUUAAAACCAUCUCAGCCAAAGAUAAGUGAAAACCAGUCACAAACAUUAUCAAGUCAAGAGAGUGCUAGAACUGGCAUGUCCCUUAUUUUAAUAGAUGAUGCUGAUAUAGUUUUUGAACAAGAUGAUGGCUUUUGUUCAGCCGUUGCACAACUUAUUCAGUCUUCAAAACGACCUGUCAUAUUAGUGACAUCAUCAUUGACUUGCCCACAUUUACAAAAAUUCAUACAAUAUGGGAAAAUAUUACAUAUGCGUCCCGUUUUAUCUAGAAUGCUUGGAACCUGGCUAGAUAUUAUGUGCUUAGUCGAUGUGGGCAAAUGUUGUAUGGGUCUAGGGGCUAAAAUGUUGGAUUUUUAUAAAGGUGAUAAAAGGAAAACUAUAAAUUGUUUACAAUUUUAUAUGAACUCAAAUAAAAAUGUAAACAAAGAUCAUGAAGUUGCACUUUCCCAAUAUAAAAGUAAGAUUGAUGAUGAAGAUUCUAGUAUGUCUUGGGUAGAUUCUGAAAGUUCAGAAGCAGCUAUAUCUAAUGGUACUGAAGAAGAUUUGUAUAUUCACAAACAGUUGCAACUGUUACAUGUUGGUUAUCCUACAAAUAUGUUUAAUAUCUGGUGGAACUUACCUGCCAUCUACAAAGAUUAUAAUAAUAGUGAAGAAAAUGAUAAAGAUGGUAGUUUACUAAAAGUGGAUAUUGAUAAAAAACACAGUACAGAGAGCCUAAAUAAAAUUGCUCAUGUUUUAGAUACAAUAUCAGUUAUAGAUUAUUUUGAUAGUAAUAAUCCAGACAGUGGCACAAAUGUUAGUACUAGACCCUGGUACACUUCAGAAAAUGCUAGUUUAUUAGAGAAUGAAAACUUUGAAUGUUACAAUAAGUCCUCAUUGGAUACAAAAGCGAUAUCUGAUGAACUAAUAAAUUGUACAAUUACUGCAGCCCGAAGAUCAUUCAAACAUGAAAAUAGCUUGAAUUUACUUACUUCCAAUAUGAGUGCUCAGAGGCAAAGAGACAAGACAGUGUCUCGACACAACAAAUUGUCCAGCUAUUUGCACCCUUCAUCCAUGUUGGAUCAUCGGGCCACUGCAUUAGACUACUGGCCAAUUUGCCGGGCUAUUUGCAGGAUUGAAAAAAACAGGACCGAUGUAAUUGUGAAACGUAAAAAUCGUUUCUGUCAUUACUUAAAAUCGUUGAAUGUGCUCGCCAAAAAUGAUUUCUUUGAUAGCCUCGCUGAUAGCCUCACUUGAAAAUGUAAUUAAUCACGUUAACAAGCUAAUUAUUUAGUUAAUUGGAGUUCGAUCAACGUCACAUCCUACAAUGACCUCUAGGUUUGGAAUAUUUUCUGGCUAUAUUCGCAGUUUCAAUUCCACCAGUUUUGUAUGUUGUAUGUUAGAUAUUUGAUUUAUACUUAGGGUCCAUUUACACAAGCGGCAAC